GCCCACGCCCCGCCAGCUUGGCUGUAGUACCGCGCCAUAGCUUCAUUUACCACAGGCCCAACUCACCUGAGCUCUUCAAAAAGUAGCCGACUAUCAUUAUUCGCCACCUCCAGUCGUCUUUUUGCACAACUUCUUCACUUAAAAGCCAAACCGACGCACUUUUGACGUUAGUUUCCCAGCCUGCGGAGAUGGACGCGUGUCACCGCAGAGGUGUGGUGAAGAUCUAGGAAGUAACUUGGCUACUUUUCUCUCCGCUGGUUGGCAAGGAGGACGACACACAAUCUAACAAAUUGACAAAUAAAUUGUCCAUUUUGAAGAGCGUUAUCGACGCCGAAGUGCGUUUCUUCCCAAGAGUGCUUCCUUAAAAGAACUCCUCGCCUUUCUCAAGAUGAAAUGAAUGUCUUUUCUUAGAGGAUGAGCGCUUCCGAUGGAGAGGCCCGCGUCGUGCAGAUUUCCCCCAGGCUGCCCCAGGCCUCUGUGCCCACCUACUGCCCGCUUCAGAUCGGCGCCGGGGACACGGCCAGGGCAGUCAUCUCCAACGCAGUGGUCACCCUGGGGCUGGACGCCGGCAGGACGUACAACCUGCUGGAGGUGAGAAAAAGCGGCCGUGAGGAGAAGCUGACGCUGGAGGCCGGAGACUCCCCUCUGGAGCGAGUCCUGCUGUGGCCCAAGGAAGCCCAGAGGUGGCACCCUGAGAGCCGGGGGUACUACUUCAUCCUGGAAGAGGCCAACAAUGGAGACUAUGAUGAUCUGUGCGACCUCCCCACUCUGACUGAGGAUUCUAUCCUGGAGGUUUUACGGCAACGCUUCCACCAGCACAAAAUCUACACGUACGCCAGCAACAUCCUCCUGGCGCUCAACCCCAACAAGUUCCUCCCCUUGUACUACAACCCCAAGUAUGUCAAGAUGUACGAGAAUCAGCCGCUGGGGAAGCUGAGCCCGCAUAUAUUCGCCAUGGCCGACCUGGCCUACAGAGCCAUGCUGAACCGGAAGGUGGACCAGUGCAUCGUCCUGUCUGGCGAAAGUGGAUCCGGGAAGACGGAAAGCGGAAGCUACCUCGUCCACUGCCUGACGGCGCUUAGCCAGCAGACGUACUCCACCGGCAUAGAGCGCACCGUCCUGGGAGCCAGCCCCGUGCUCGAGGCUUUUGGCAACGCAAAGACACAAGAGAACGACAACUCCAGUCGCUUUGGGAAAUUUAUCCAGCUUAACUAUCUGGAGAGCGGCGUAAUCCGAGGGGCAGUUAUCAGGAAGUACCUACUUGAAAAAUGCCGCCUGGUUCGCAGAAAUAAAAGGGAGAGGAACUACCACGUCUUCUACUACCUGCUGGUGGGAGCGUCCAAAGACGAACAGGAGGAAUUCCGUCUGUUGGCGCCCCAGGAUUAUGUCUACCUCAAGCAGGAAGAUCUUCAAUUGGACGAUGACGCAAAGCUCGGACAUGAGUACAAGAGGCUUCAUCAAGCCAUGGAAAUGGUUGGCUUCCUGCCCUCCACUAAGAAACACAUAUUUUCCACCCUUUCCGCCAUCUUGCUCUUGGGCAACGUGAGCUUUACUCCGUCAGAGAACAGUGGCGCUCUGGAGGUUGGACCAGCUGACGUUUUGUCCACGUUGUCGCAGCUUCUCAAGGUCAAAAAGGAGCUGCUUGUAAAGACUCUGACCGAGAGGAGAAUAUCAACCAACAGCGGCACAGUGUUUUCACAAUACACACUACUGGAGGAGGCCACAUCCGCGCGUGACUCCAUGGCAAAGUCUUUGUACGGCGCUCUGUUUGACUGGAUCGUCCUUCACAUCAACCACGCUCUGGUCAACAGGCGUGACAUGGAGGAGUCCAUUUGUUGUUUGUCCGUUGGAGUCCUUGAUCUGUUUGGCCUGGAGAACCUGCACCCCAACAGUUUUGAGCAGCUGUGCAUGAACUAUAGCAACGAGAAGCUUCAGUGUUUCAUCAACCAGCAAAUCUUCAAACUUAAGCAGGAAGAUUAUGUGUCAGAGGGCAUCGGCUGUCAAAGCUUUGACUACAGCGACAACAGCGGCUGCAUUCAGCUGAUCACCGAUGGAAUCUUCAGCAUACUGGACGAGGAGAGCCACCUCCCUCAAUCAACCGAUGAAGCACUGUUGGACAAGCUAAAGCUGCGGCUCAAGGACAACUCGCUCUUUGCGGCCUCCGCCAACUCCACCAACUCGUUUGUCAUCCAGCACUUUGCAGGCAGCGUUCAAUAUUGUGUCAAGGGUUUCCGACAGAAAAAUACUGAUCACAUGCAGCCCGAAGUCGCAUGCCUUCUACGCAGCAGUGAGCGGUCAUUUCUGCAUCACCUGGUCACGUCCAGUCCGGAGGCUUUGUUUCGGUGGGGUGUCCUUCGAGCCACCUUCCGCAUCCUGGCAGUGUUCAAAAGCUUGGGGAGCAAAUACGCAGAGAAGAUGGCCUCCCAACGCUCGUCCCGCAAAUCCCUCAAAGAAAUGAAAUCAAGACUUUCCAGUAAUAGCUGCACGCUGGACUUCUCCUUCGAUCGCUCUGACGAACAUCCCCUUGACGUAUUCGAGGACAUCUUUGCCAAUUUCGAAAAGAGGAAGAAAACAAGAGCUGGUCGACGGAAGCAACUUAUUCCAAAGAAUCUCAUGAAUUUGCGCUCCCUCCAACACGUUGUGGGUCUGGAUCACAAUCAAAGCCACAAAUCUGCCAGCCACUGUGUCCCACGUGUGACGUCUGCCACAGUUUGCGCUCAGUUUCAGGUGUCACUCAUAGAGCUGAUGGGCACAUUGGCGAAAGCUGAGACGUCCUUUAUUUUCUGCGUGCGCUCCAACGCUCAGAAGAAAAAGUUGCACUUUGAUGAUGAGCUUGUGUGCCGGCAAAUCCGCUACACUGGCAUCCUGCAGAUGGUUCUGGUCCAGAAGUCGGGUUACUCUGCCAAAUACACUUUUAAGGAAUUUGUUGAAAAAUUCCGAAUGUUGCUUCCCAAAGAGGCAACCCCGUCUCCUGAGCACAUCACCAAACUCUUCACCAGGAUAGGCUUGGACCGGAGCACCUACCAAAUAGGAAACACUAAGGUGUUUCUUAAAGAAAGGGAGCGGCAACUGCUCCAAGACACCCUCAACAAGGAGGUAAUGCAUCACAUCAUCGUCCUCCAGCGCUGGUUCCGCACUUGUCUGAUGAGGAUGCACUUCCUGCAGAAGAGAGAUGCCUCCCUCAUCAUACAGAGGAACUGGCGUGAAUGUUCCGGGAACCGGAACAAAGCUGCCUCCGUGAUCCAGACUGCAUGGCGUACUUCACUGAAGAGGUCGGAAAAACGGGACGAAAUACCCAAUGCUGAGAAUUCGACAAAAGGCCGACCCGGACGAGUCAGCUCGUCGAAAAAAGAGCUGCGACGGCAAUGCAAAGUGGACCUCAGCCCCAACAGAAGCAAGCAGACGGACCCGGUCAACGGUGAGUCGGCACCAAAGGGCAACAAGAGGCGGGAGGGUCGGGGAUCUCCGCCAAACCUCGGCAGACCCCUCUCCGUUCCUUUGGACUCCAAAACGGGUAGCGAUGACAGCGGCGCCGGGUCCCCGAAGAGCAGCUCCCUGCAACGCUACAAAGACGGGCGCGCCUUUAAGGAGAAGCACGAGAAGUGGCGGGGGAGAACGAGCGAGGAGUCAAGUCCAGAGGUGCACAGGCAGCAAGACAAACGUAAAGAUAGCUUUCAGCAAAAGGGGAAGUCCAUGUCAGCUGAUGAACUGUCCAGGCUCAGCUCGUCUGGAUCCGACAGCUCGCCGUCUGCAAGUGAGGUCAGGGUACGCAUGCGCAAGCAUCCCAGACGUAAGCGGCGCUUAGCCUACGCCCGCAGCGGUUUGAUGGUUAACUUUGGCGGCUCCAAGGAGAGCGAGUACUGGAGCUUUCCGUUGCCGCCCAUGAGCCCCCUCGGGUCCAAACGGAAGACCUCGGCCAGUAGCGUGGAUGUCCGCGGCCUCAAAUCUCAGGUCAAGAUCCCUUCGGAGCCAGACGGAUCUAGGUACAGCCUUCCCACUAGCCGCUCUAAUGAUGAGUCCACCCUCCGAAGAUCCAACCAAUCACAUCUCACUACACCCGAUAAAAUUUGGUUUCUUAGUAGAUUCUUGCGAAAGCGACCAACUAAAAUAACCGCCAUCAGUGAGACACCGUCCGAGGAUAAAGCUGUGACCCUGCCCAGGUAUACGCCUCAGACCUACCACUUGCCAGACCAGCACUCCGCCCGGAUCGAACGCAACCCCACCAUCAAAAUCAGCCGGGCCACUCGGGGCCAGCAGUGGAACGCCUCUCUGGAGCGCGAGAUCACCAACCCCAAAGAGCUACGCAACCUGGACGAGUUUCUUGGCAACCAAGUGAACGACUUGCGAACACGAAUAAAAGAGCUGUCGCAAACAGAAGACAUCUUCCUAACAGCCACCAUGCAGUUCAGAGAGACUAUCAAAGGCAUGUUCUCUGUGCAGAAGCCUCAAAUCGGCUACAAAGACCUGAUGAAAGGCUACCAGAACAAAGUCACCUCUCUAGCCGGCCCCAAGCAGAAGAACGAAGUCUCGCUAGUGGUCAACUUGUUCCAGUCUAUGCUGGACGGCUUCAUCCGGGGGGAAAUGAAGCGGUUGGAUCCGGAGCCGGUCAAGGCUUCCAAGACGACCAAGAAGAGAAGGAAAAAGGACAAAUGUCCGGACGGUCCACUAGAUCACCGCUUCAGUACCUACCAGGUGAACAUCAUGCAGUCAUGUGACCUGUGUGGCUCAUACAUCUGGGGCAUGGAGAAAGCCUACAUGUGCAGCGCCUGCAAGGUCAUUUGCCACAAGAAAUGCCUGACCAAGAUUAUCACCGACUGCUCAACACGCUGUGCCCUGCAGGUAAAACAUGCAACACGGCUAAAACAAAGGGAAAAAAAAACACUGUCGGCUUUUUCAAAUAAUUUUUCUCAGGACGACAGCGUACCCGGCGCCCUCCACUUUGGGGUGCACGUGUGCGUCCUGACCAGCAAGACUAACCCGGUGCCCGCUGUGGUGGAGCUGCUGCUUCUGCACUUGGAGAUGAACGGCCUCUACACCGAGGGCCUCUACCGCAAGUCCGGCUCAGCCUGCCGCGCUCGGGAGCUCCAUCAGAUCAUGGAGAUGGACCCCGAGGCCGCCUGCCUGGAGAACUACCCCAUCCACACCAUUGCGGGCCUGCUUAAACGUUGGCUCCGAGAGCUGCCUGAUCCCCUCAUGACGUUUUGUCUUUAUAAGGACUUCCUGCAUGCCGUGGAACUUCCAGAAAGGUCAGAGAGGAUAAGGGCGGUGUACCAAAAGGUUGAUGAUCUUCCUCUGGCCAAUUACAACACACUGGAGCGACUUAUCUUCCAUCUCGUCAGGGUGGCAAACGAGGAAGACCACAACAAGAUGUCACCAAGCUCUCUCGCCAUUGUCUUCGCCCCGUGCAUCCUGCGCUCUCCCGACUCGGACGACCCCUUCCUGGGAAUGAAGGACGUGGGAAAGACGACAACGUGCGUAGAGAUCCUCAUCACGGAGCAGUUACGGCGCUACAAGGAGAAGUUGCAGAACAUACAGGAGCUGGAAUACGCCGAGGCCUUGGCAGUCAAUCAGCUCAAACUGAAAAGGCAAAACACGGUUGUAGAAAAACCUUCCGAGUUGAACAUUCCGGACCAAACUGAUUCCGAGGAGAGUACUCUGAUUGACAGAAUCAAGUCCAUCAAGCAAGAAAAGCUGGACCUGGCCUGCAGGCUACCCGACCUGGAGCAGGAGAACUCUGACAACGAGAUCCUGGACUCUUCUUCAUCCAUGAGCACCGAGAGUCUUGAUGAGCGUCUGGGCAGUCUGGACUCGGAGGGUCAGUGAGGAGCAAACAACCCAACAACGCCCACCGACGGCUUUAAAGCCUCUUUGAAGGAUGCCACUCACGCGUCUUAUCGUCGACGGCUACACUUUCAGCGGGGAUUUUGGCAACCUUGACAUUCCUUACAUCAACCAGGAGGAGGAAGACUCUACGGGCUGUCCGCACCACCGAGCGUCACUGCAAUCCCCUUAAGAAGAGGGGAAACAAGAGGUGUGCACUUUGUGUUGUAAAACCUUUACCAUCUGGUCAGUGCUGCUAUGGCAACGGCGUGAUGUGCUGUACCGUGUAUUUAAGACUCAGCACCACUAAGUGAUUAUACUAGUAUUUCAACAUUGUAUGUUCACCCUUUUGUUUGUAUUAAGCUACGUAUUUUGGAGGAUAAAAUAAAAUAUAUAUGUUUUCCUAUUUCCUACAUGGACAGCACCUAUGGUACUGGUAUGGACCAACAACAACAAAAAGGCUGAUUACUGCACAAAAACACUGUUGUGGAAUUGUACAUAGAGUAAGUUCACCUUGAUGCCUUUGGUUAUUUUGCUAUGACUGAUCCCUCGUUUUUUUUAGACUGAUAUAAUGUGCAUUUGUUCAUUUUGCCCACGCAUGCAUGCCGCUACAGGAACUUUGUAUAUAGCUUGCAUAACGGGAAACAAACUACAUUUUGACCUGUUGCUUAAAAUAAACUGACCAU